AUGGAACGUUUUUUAAUCACACCAGGUAAUUUAAAAUCAACUGCUGUUUCAACUGUUUCGGAGCCUAAUGACCCUGAAUCAAUUGCGCGUACACCAAUAUCAGAUACAAAUAAACAGUUGAAUUUAAACAUUUUUGAUAUUAGUGUAACUUGUGAGGAUACCGCUGUACAACCUGUCAUCAGUUUUCCUCGUACUUUUAUAUCUUUGAAGCAACUUAGCUUUCAAAGCAGUUGGUACAAUAAGUACCCAUGGUUGGAAUACUCAAUUAAAAUGAAUGCUGUAUUUUGUUAUUAUUGUCGUCAUUUUCCUUCUCAUUCGCAAAUUGAAAAAGAUGUUCUAAUUACUGGUGGAUAUUGUGAUUGGAAAAAUAUAAGUAACAUGACUAAAAAACAUGAUAAGACUACUUCACAUAAAAAUGCAAUUGCUAAAUAUGGCGCAUGGCUAUCAACCAAAAAAACUGGAUCAGUUUCGACUCAAAUAAAUAAACAAGUCAAAGAGCAAGUUAUAAAAAAUCGAGCUAUUUUAAAAAGUGUAAUAAGGUGUGUUUUAUAUUGUGCACGGCAAGAUAUCGGACUACGAGAACAUCGAAGAGAAAGAAAAGAAGAAUUCAAUAGUGAAAAUUAUGAUGCAAGUUUGUGUUCACGUCAUGACGUAAAUGAAGGUAACUUUUUGGAAAUUAUAAAAUUACUUUCCAUCGAAAAUGAACAUUUUAAAACAAAUUUUAAUUUAUUACCUAAAAAUAGCAAAUACAUAUCGCCUGAAAUACAAAAUGAUAUAAUAAAAGCUACUUCAAAGCUUGUAUUAGGUACAAUUAAUAGUAAAGGAAGUUCAUAUUGGGAGCCAGAUAUUUAG